AUGCUUCCUGUCGAACUUCAGCAAUGGAUCCUACGAUACGCAGUCGCAGCACCCGAAUUCCUUGACCCGAACUACUGGGUUGACGACUAUCCGCCUUGGGUUAUCAUGGAACGUGUGGACUGUGGGCGAGAUUUCGAGGGCUAUCUCAAAGUAGAGGAGAAUAUAAACUCACUUCGGCGGGUUUGCAGAUUAUGGGACGAAUAUCUACGCAAGUACACCCACCGGUUCGUGCACAUGAGCGAUAUUGUGCAUGGCGGCUCAGUAUCUGCAGUCCGCGACGACCCUUAUCUUCAAUACUGUUAUGAAACCCUUGGACAAAAUCAACUCCCUAAAGUCGAAGUCCUGGAUCUCAAUAUAGGAGAAUACGUUGAUAAAUUCAUUUUGCCACAUAUAUGUCCCAAUCUGGCACGCAUCACAGGAAAUGAUUUCAUCGGUGCGAUUGAAUUUGGCGUCGAGGCAUACAGGUCGGCCACGUUGACUACACUGACUCUUGACUUUACUCCUCCAGAUCCGUCUUUCGCCUCAGUUUUGGACAAUGUGUACCUGCCCGCUCUUAGGAAUCUCUGGGUCCUUGAUGCUUACUAUGGGGGACUCUAUACGUACGACGAGCCGGCGUGGCUACCGCUCAUCAGGGCGCUCGGUAAGGAACUAAGAAGGGUUGAGGACUUGUGUUACGAUGGAGGGAUGCCGUCUGGACCUCCGGAUGGCCACCCUCUUCACACCAUCUCGUUGAACGACAGUUGGAUCCUCAUACGCGAUACUUUCUAUCCAUGGUCGAAAUUUGUGCCCCAAUGGCAGUUGGACUGGCCAGGACUUCGUACCUUUCGUGUCAACGAGGUAUGGGAUACCUCGAAAGGAUUUCCCCAACGAAUGCGCAAAUCGAAUCUCUGGGCUCGAUCAUCUUGGAGGACGCUAGGGGCGAAUCAUGUACAGAUUACAUCAAGAGGAUGGGGCCUGAAGAGAAGGAAAAGUGGCGGCAGUGGUGAGCUUUCGACAAAUUCACGUAGCAGUGCAGCCGUGUUAGCCUUUGCUUUUCUCACCGUCGAGGGAUCGUCUGGGCUCUCGAGGCACUGGGCAAACAACGGCGACAACCAAAACCCAUGCCAGAUCUGGCAAGCCCUCGGCCAAAAAUGUGACGCCUCCUUCACCGUCACCGCGCUCGAACCCGGCACCGCUGCCAACGGCUUCAACUCUACAUUCUACCCCGCCCCCACUGGUUCAGGCGCAAACAAUUGCCAAUGCAGCCAUAUCGCCUACUCGCUCAUGGCCGCUUGCUCGUGGUGCCAAGAGGGCGUGUACAGUAUCGACGGAUGGCUCGGUGAGAGCGAUUGGCAAGCCAACUGUGGCAGCAACUACAACUCGCAGGGCAUCUCGAGUGUGGAUACGUCUGGAAUCAACAUUCCACCGUAUGCUACUCAGCCCGUCCCUGGACCUGUUUGGGAUCCUACGGACGCGCAGGCUGCUCAGGUCAGGUUGGGAUCGAACGGGAAUGCGAAUGGAAGCACGGGUAAUGGAAACAAUAACAAUAAUGGCAAUAGCUCGAGCAAUGCUGCCCUGACCCGCUCGAUUGGCGUCGUCUUGCUCCCAUCACCUACCUCUUGUUCUAAUGUGAUGGUUACUUCCCACACUAUGGGAAGCAUGGCCGCUCUGUGUCCCUCAUCGCCUUGUCGACUGGACCCGCGCGUACCAUCAUCAUCUACCGACGCUGUUGAUCCAAACGCAACUAUCACGUUUUACAAUGGCACGAUCUUGACGCUCGCCAAUGACGCCUAUUCUCCCGUCGAGGCACUUGUCGUUCAAGGCCAAAAGAUCAAGUUUACGGGUGCCCUCGACACCGCUCGACAGAUCGCAGGACCCAACGCACAAAGCGUCGACUUGCAAGGUCGAUGUGUGUUGCCCGGAUUCAUCGAGCCACAUCUUCAUCUCGCAUUGACGGCUCUUGCGGACCACUGGCUCCUCUCUCUAUCCCCCAUGACCACUACCACCCUCGACCAAGCAGUCGCCAAGAUUCGGGCCAAGGCUCAAGACUUGGCACUAAAAGAUAAAGAGGGGAAAUGGUUGUGGGUCGCUGGCUACGGGUACGAUCCUUCACGUAUAAAGUGUCACCGCGAUUUACACGUUACGGAUUUGGACCCACAUGAUGUCGCGUAUGGACACCCCGUGUUUAUCCUCAAUCAAUCUGGGCAUGUGGCCUAUGUCAACUCGAAAGCGUUCGAGCUGGCGGGGGUGACGGUGGAUAGUAUCAAGGGAGAUAAACAGUAUGAAGUGGUGGAUGGCAAGUUGACCGGCGUCAUCUUUGAGCAGGCCGUAGGGGCUAUCGGGCAGUUGGUGAAUAAACCUAGCCCGGAGCAGAUGGUCGAAUUCGGGAUCGAGACUGUCAAAAAGUGGGCGAAAAAAGGGUGCACGACCGUUUUUGAUGCGGGUAUAGGAGGGUCGGGUCCGAACGAGGUCUCCUUUAUUCAAGCCGUUUUCAAGAACCCGAUGCCACUUCGGUUUUAUGGUGCCCUCUCGAUAUACGUCGCCACCCCACCUCUCAUUCCUAUUAUCAAGGAGCGACCUAUUCAGCUGGGUAAUGCGACUGUGACGGCGAUCAAGUAUUGGGUGGAUGGCUCGACACAGGGGUUCACCGCCGCCCUCAAUAAACCCUACCUGUGCCCCCCACCUCACUGGCCAGAGUGUGGAACGCUCAACUAUAAACACGACGAAGAGCUGCAACAGGUGAUGGAGCCGUGGUUACGAGCUGGAUGGCAACUCCUCGUACAUGCGAAUGGGGAUCGCGCCGUCGACCAAGCGCUCAACGUCUACGAUGCCAUAUUCAAGAACAAUCCAAAUCGAGACCAGAGUAUUAUGCACCGUAUCGAACAUUUCACAGUCGCAGAACAGGCUCAACGCGACCGGGCUAAAGAGCUCGGCUUGGGGAUCAGUCAUACGAUCGGACACGUGAGGUACUGGGGCCCCACAUUUUGCGACUACGUGUUGGGAAAAGAACGUGCGAUGAUGAUAGAUGCGGUCAAGUCGGACGAGGCUACCGGUCUCGUCUUUUCGUUCCACAGCGACUCGCCGCUCACAGAGGUCUCUCCCCUCGAGUACCUUCGUAUUGCGGUGACGAGGCACAUGUACCCCGAUGAAAAGGGAGUGUUGAAUGAAGGGGAAUGUGUGGAUUUAUGGACCGCGCUCAAGGGUGUGACCAUCAACCCGGCCCGCCAAAUUGGUAUUGCGGAUUGUGUGGGGACAUUGGAAGUGGGCAAAGAUGCAGAUUUGGUCAUUUUGGAUAAAGAUCUGCGGAGUGUUGAUCCGGAAAUGCUGGGAUCGUUGAAGGCUUGUAGUAGUGACGGUUACAUCUCAACCUCCGACCCUGUAGAAGAAUGGGGAACCAUUUCUCAGCCCAGGUCUUGGUACGAUCCGGCCAUGUCGCCAGGAUUUCGUCAUCCGUGGAGGGAUAAACCAUAUGUCCAUCUUGAAUAA